AUGAAUGACAUUGGCAACGUCAUCCUUACCAAAUAUCUCAUGUUUGCCGAUGAUAUCAAGGUGUUUGGCUCGGUGUCGUUGGCUCCUGAUUUUGAGCGCCUCCAACUUUCUCUGACUAACAUCGAUGCCUGGUGCAAAGAGAACUUCAUGGAGCUAAACGUCUUGAAAUGCGUUGUCAUCUCCUACAAACGUGGUGCAGCUCCAGUCCGACACGAUUAUGUCCUCAAUGGAUCUACACUGAAGAGAGUGGACAAAGUACGCGAUCUCGGAGUGACAAUGACCCCUUCGCUCAACUCUCAAGAGCGUAUUGUCCACAUUACAGCCAAAGCAAGUUCUCUGGUCGGGUUCAAAUUCAGAUCGACUAGGAACUUCAACUCGCCUUUCACCUUGAUCACGCUCUACAAGUCCCUGAUACGCCCGCUGCUGGAGUAUGGGUCUAUCGUCUGGUCUCCCUUCGAGAAGAACCAUGUCAACCAAUUGGAGGACAUUCAAAGCCGCUUCAUACGGAUGCUUGAACCGAGACUUGGGUUUACCUACCGCACCACCCCGGUUGACGAUGUGGAGAAGUCCUUCGCUCUUCUACCUCUAUCACUCCGACGUCAUCAUGCCGACAUCAUUCUGCUCUACAAGCUGGUAAACGAGCUCAUCGACUGUCCCAACAUCCUGAGCGGUAUUGACAUUACCACGCCCAGAGGCACUCGCUCCAAGACUAUCUUCAGCAGACGCUUUCUCCCAGCCUACUAUUCUUACAACAGCGGAAUUUUCCGUCUCCUCAAGGCUGGUAGCACGCCGGCUGCUCAACUGGACUUCUUCUUUUAG